CAGUAACCGAGACUCGACAUAGCCGCUACGACCACAUCCUAACGAAAUCAAGUCCUAAGUCAGACCAUCCACACUCCCGAUCACUCACGAAGAUGGCCGGCAAGAAGGGUAUCCAUUUCGGUGGUGGUAACAUUGGUCGUGGCUUCGUUGCAGAGUUCUUGCAUAACUCCGGCUACGAGGUCGUCUUCAUCGACGUCAUGGACGCAAUCAUCGAGAAGCUGCAACAGACCAAAAGCUACACCGUAACGGAGAUCUCGUCAGAAGGGCAGAAGACUUUCACCAUCGACAACUACCGUGCAAUCAACUCCAAGCACGAGAUGGAUAAGGUGAUCGAGGAGAUUGCCACUGCAGACACUGUGACCUGCGCGGUCGGCCCGAACAUUCUGAAGUUCAUCGCCGAGCCGAUUGCCAAGGGUAUUGAGGCUCGCAAGAAGAGCGAGCCACUCGCGGUCAUUGCAUGUGAGAACGCUAUUGGUGCCACGGACACCCUCCGCGGCUUCAUCGAGCAGAAGCUAUCGGAGGACACGAAGAAGAACAUCAAGGAGAAGGCCAGAUUCGCCAACUCGGCUAUUGACCGUAUUGUGCCAAUCCAACCCGCUGAUGCUGGCCUCAACGUACUCAUAGAGAAGUUCUACGAGUGGUGUGUGGAGAGCGAGCCGUUCAAGCCGGGCAACCCACCAGAUAUCAAGGGCGUCCACUACGUCGAGGAUCUGCAGCCGUACAUUGAGCGCAAGCUCUUCACUGUCAACACCGGCCACGCCACCGCUGCUUACUACGGCCACAACAGGCACAAGCAGUACGUCCACGACGUGCUCGCGGACAAAGAGCUCCACGACAUCGUGCAGAACACGCUUAAGGAGACGGCCCACCUGAUCUGCUCGAAGCACAGCCAUAUCGACAAGCAGGAGCAGGAGGAGUACGUGCAAAGCAUCGUCCAGCGUAUCAGCAACCCGGAGCUCAAGGACAAUGUGGAGCGUGUCGGCCGUGCGCCUCUGCGCAAGCUUAGCCGGAAGGAGCGCUUUAUCGGCCCUGCUGCACACUUGGCGGAGAUGAACGAGAAGUAUGACUAUCUGCUUGGUGGCAUCGAGAUGGCGCUGCGCUUCCAGAACGUCGAGGGCGAUGAGGAGUCUGCCGAGCUGGCGAAGAAGCUGAAGGAGAUGGAUGCCAAGGAGGCCACGAAGAACAUCACUGGCCUGGAGGAAAGCCACCCACUAUUCAAGGAUGUAGUGGCGAGGGUCGAAAAGGUGCAGAAGGAGAGCUCCUGAACAGGGUUUCGAGACACUGCUUACAAGCUGUGAGAUUGGGGUCGGUAAAAUGCGAAAUGGAAUGAUAUGAUGACUUCAUGUGGCACGCUACGAGGAUGGUCGCGUAGCUAGGAAGGCGUUGAUGACAAGUCACUACGGGCAUAGCGUGUGCAGAAGUCAUUGACUGAUCUAGCAUCUCGGUUAUAUGUCUUUGUCUGUGCAGCUGAACGGCCUGGCGCUUGCACAGUGCGUGCCUUCUCGUCCAAGCCACAUGUCUGCGCCGCUACCCUGCAUCAUGUGAAUCAGACAUUGAAUCUCCCCUUUAUAACCCUACAACCGCAUGAGUUACCUAGGAAUCUACAGUGCGCCCGUCUUACCAAGAACAA